GAUGUUGUUAUUGUUUCUGUCAGUCAGACGUUUGAUGGAAGAAGUGACAAAAAAACCCAAACAAACUUCUCGAGUUUCCCCAAAAAUGACAACUGUCAGCCCGUAGCUUUAAGCUAGAUAGGGACGUUAUGAAAAAUAGAAUUAUUGCCCCGAAACAUAUGUUAACAAAGGGGAUAAUAAACUCAUGGAGCUGCGCAACGGAACACAGGGGAGAAUAAGGAGCCUCCGGCGGGGCUGCAAGAGAGUCGAGCCGCCCAGCGCGAACAUGAGGCGGGAUGUCAGUAAAGUUCUGCGCCCGCUGCCCGUGGAGACCAACGAUGACGAUGAGCCCAUGGAAGAAGAGGACUGUUUCUCCUUGGGCUUCCUCAAGAAUGCCAACCUCGAGCCCGCGAUGCUCUUCGCGGCGCCCCGGUAUAGCUUGAUUCGGGAGGUGGGUCGCGGGAGCUACGGUGUGGUGUACGAAGCCAUCGCCCGCAGGUCCGGAGCCCGGGUGGCCGUGAAGAAGCUCCGCUGCGACGCGCCCGAGAAAGUGGAACUGGCGCUGGCGGAAUUCUGGGCCCUGGCGAGCCUGGAGAAGAAGCACGAGAAUGUGGUGCAGCUGGAGGAGUGUGUGCUGCAAAGAAACGGGAUGGCACAGAAAAUGAGCCACGGGAACAAACGAAACAAGCAGUAUUUGAGAUUAGUGGAAACUUCACUGAAAGGUGAGCGUAUCCUGGGUUACCCAGAGGAACCAUGUUAUCUUUGGUUUGUUAUGGAGUUCUGCGACGGUGGCGACCUCAACCAGUACAUCCUCUCCCGACGACCUGAUCCACGGACCAACCAUAGUUUCAUGAAGCAGUUGACCAGUGCUGUGGCCUUCCUCCAUAAAAACAACAUUGUCCACCGGGACCUCAAACCAGACAACAUUCUCAUCUCGCAGAAAUCGGGCGGUCCCGUGAUCAAGGUCGCCGACUUCGGCCUCAGCAAGGUGUGCGCGGGACUCAGCUGCAUUGAGAACGAAGGCGACAACCAGGUUAACAAGAACAUGGUGAACAUUAACAAAUUCUGGCUGUCGUCAGCAUGCGGCUCCGACUUCUACAUGGCGCCGGAGGUUUGGGAGGGCCACUACACCGCCAAGGCAGACAUUUUCGCGCUUGGCAUCAUCAUUUGGGCCAUGAUAGAACGGAUCACGUUUAUCGAUGCUGAAUCCAAGCGAGAGCUCCUCGGCACGUACAUUCGCCAGGGGACCGAGAUCGUCCCGGUGGGCGAGGCCUUGCUGGAGAACCCGAAGAUGGUCCUGCACAUCCCGCAGAGGACACGCAGCAUCAUGUCUGAGGGCAUCAAGCGGCUUCUGCAGGACAUGUUGGCGGUCAACCCACAGGACCGGCCCGACGCACUUCAGUUGGAAGUUAGAAUGGACCAAGUCACAUGUGCGGCAUAAGCUGACUCGAUUGGCCAAAACAAGCAUGCUUGCUCGUUCAGGUUUGCAGAGUAGAAUUGCUCACCGAUGGAAAUGAAAAAGGAAUCAACAAAUCCUGGAACUGUGAAUUUAGUUUUGUGCUCGCUUCCAGAAAGCAGAAGUGAAAAGGAAAGUCUCGAUAUCUAUAUUAAAGACCCAUCACGUGGAAAUGCUAUGCAGGUAUCUUUCUCAACACGCUCUUUUUCUACUUCAAUGCAUCGGAUUCCUCAUACGAGUCUUCCAAACUGACGUCAAAACCUACGUUUUUUUCUGCUCAAAUCUCACCAGCAAUGAUUUCACGUCCCUCUCGUUCUCUGCUGUGACUCGUGCUGUUGUUCUGGACCAGAUUUAGACACACGUUGCACUGUCCUCAAACAAGCAUAUCCAGUCUGUACCUCUAUGAAAACUACCUUCCGCCCCAUCCGUUUGGAAGGGGUUUACCAGACAGUAUAGAUGUAAAUACUUAGAUGUAGAUAAUGCAGCACUAGGAUUGAUCGAAUGUUGUUGUUGAAUGAUCUAAAAUAUUCACAGAGAAGGAAGUUAUUAUAAAGCUCACAACCAUGAAGACACACUGUGAACGAUAUAAUGUGAAUAAGUGGGCACAUAGUGACCCCGUCUCUCCUGUAGGUGUGAAUGUUUCUAACCCGAACAACAGCACCUCUACAAAAAAAAGAAAAAGGAAAAAAAAAAAACACCGUUGUGCCUUAUUUUUUAUUUGAUUUUUUUUAAAGAAAGUGUUUGGAUGGUUCUCAUUAUUUUAUUUUGUAUUUUUUCUUUAGGAUAUUUUAAAUGAUUUUGUUUUAAUCUGAAAUGUUAUUUCCAGGCUAAUAAUAUUGGUUUCAAAUGUUUUAAUAUGAGUUCUCUUAACAAAGCAUUUGCGCAAACGCAAAAAAUUUGAGAGGUAUUUAAAAGCAGUUGCAAUUUCUGUCAAAUAAUUUCUUCUUCUUUUUUUCCUUUCUUUUAGUCAUUAUCCUCUGUCAAAAUGCAGAUCAGGUGUAAACAAAAUUGAUGACACAUUUUUUUACUUGUACUAAAAACGCCGUUGAUUAUUUCACUUUCUAUGCAGUCUCGACAGUUGACGUUGUGUAAAUAAUGAAUUGGUGUGGGAUCAAAUAUUGUGGUUGUUAAUCUUGGUUUUCAUCACAUUUUUGUAGCAAAAUGUCUAAUUUCCUUUCGGCUCAAAAGGCCUCAAAACGGUCGUGACGUUCACAUCGUCUGGAAUGUUUUAGUUCCGUUGGAACAGUUUGAAUUCUGCGUCGCAUCAUGUGAUUUUAUACGGAACAUUGCAAGAUUCUGUUUCUAUGGGAACCAUUGAGACAAUGUAGCUUGAUUCUCCUCAGUACUGUUUGACACAAACACACUAACACAUCAGGACCUUUGUGAAAAACAAAUGUGUUAAAAACUUGUUUUAAUUAUACAAAGGGAUGUUAAUUGUAAUCUUGAUCACAUUCAAGGUUACAGUACGUAUAUAUUUGAGGUCACAGUAGUCGAUAUUUCUCCUGUGAAAUGGACAUUUGUACCAGGUAAAGCCAGCGAGAAAUAGUUUUCCUUCUGUAUUUUAGUAAUGAUUCUGUUCAGUGUUCUUGUUUACAAUAGUCAGUGUUUCUACCUCACCUUCAAGACAUCUUUAACCUCACUUCUCCUCGCUGUGGUGCGUUGCGUUUGGUUCAGUCUUUUGGUGCUUGCAUCUUUUCAGCGGCAGUACUUUUAUCCGUAACAUAUUAAACGUCUCGAACAGACUUUGCAUUUCACUGUUUGUUGUUAUUUUAUUGUGCUGUCUAUGAAUUGCAGAGCAAGAUGAAUCUUCAUUUUUAUUACGGUAAAACAAAAAGUUCUUUGCAUUUAGCAUAGGUUCUGAAUGGACAUGGUGAUGGGAAAAAAAUUAGAUGGGAGGAGGAAAAAAUAUACUUCAAUGCUUUUGUGUAGCGAACAAAGUUUCUUGGGGGAAGCAAACAAUUUGCAAGCAUUUUGUGAGUGAAUGCAAAGUUUCUCGAGGAAACGCAAUAUGUUUAGCGAGCGAACGCAAAGUUUCUCGAUGGAGCGCAAACAAUUUGCGAGCGAACGCAAAGUUUCUCUGGAGAGCACAAAACGUUUUGCAAACGAAAGCAAAGUUUCUCGGGGGAACGCAAAUGUUUUGCAAGCGAAUGCAAAGUUUCUCUGGAGAAUGCAAAACAUUUUGCAAAUAAAAGCAAAGUUUCUCGGAAAAACGCAAACAUUUUGUGAACAAAUGCAAAGUUUCUCUGGGGAAUGCGAAUGUUUCGCAAGCAAAUGCGAAUGUUUCGCAAGCAAACGCAAAGUUUCUCUGGAGAACGCAAAACAUUUUGCAAACGAAAGCAAAGUUUCUCGGGGGAACGCAAAACAUUUUGCAA